AUGAAUCUCGAUGGAAAGGUUGUAAUAGUGACGGGCGCAAGCUCGGGCAUCGGUGCGAAAGCAGCAGAGUUUUUCUGCAGGGAAGGUGCUAAAGCAGUGCUCGUGGCCAGAAAUGAAACCAAAUUAAAGAGUGUCUCUGAGAAGUGCAAAGCGGCUGGUGGGAGUCACAUCGUUAUCAAAGCUGAUGUCUCUAACGACGAGGACACUAAAAAUAUAAUUGAUAAUACACUAAAAGAGUUUGGGAAGAUCGAUGUGCUCGUCAACAAUGCAGCUGUUGGGUGCUACGGCAAUAUUUUAGAUGGAAAUUUUGUGAAAUCAUACGAUAGUAUGGUUAAUAUAAAUCUCCGAGCAAUAUUGCAGCUGACGUGCUUAGCAACGCCAUAUUUAACAAAGACAAAAGGUAAUAUAGUGAAUAUUUCUAGUGUAACUUCAUUCGCCAGCCCUAAAGGUACUAUUGGGGCAUAUGGUUUAUUGAAAGCGGCUCUCAAUUAUUUCACCAAAACGGCCGCAGCAGAGUUAGGGUCAUCAGGAGUACGCGUUAAUACUAUAUCCCCUGGACCAGUUUAUACUGAUAUUUUAGAGAAUAGCGGAGCCCGCUUUAGUUUUGAUCGCUUGGAGGCUACCACUCUAUUACACAGAGUAAGUGAACCCGACGAAAUCGCCGACCUUAUCUUAUAUUUGGCAAGUGAUAAAGCUAGAGGUAUUACAGGUUCAAACUAUGUUAUUGAUAAUGGAGUGCUAUUGAAGAAAUCAAAAUAG